CAUCAAAGAUGCCGCUUUCACCUGUCUCCGAGCAGACGACGUUAGGUCGUUACCGAGUUAACACCAAGCAUUAUGUCCAGAUUUGAGGAGAAAUGGCACAAUUUCGUGAACAUGACUUGUGAAAUACUUCAAAGUUUGAGAAAUAUCUGUUGUGCGUAUGUUGUUGCGUUCUUUCGUAUUUUUGUCUCACCUGUUGAAAAGAAAGUAGAUGAGGACAUUGUGUUGAUAACGGGAUCGGGAAAAGGAAUCGGCAGAAAACUUUCUAUCGAGUUUGCAAAACGUGGCUCACGAGUGGUGCUGUGGGAUAUUGAUAGAGCUGCCAAUGACAAAACGGCAUCAAUAAUCCGCGAACUUGGCGGAAAGUGCUAUCCGUAUGUUUGUGACGUCAGUGUGAGAUCGGAAGUGUAUCGUGUUGGUGAGAUCGUGAGACGUGACGUGGGAGAUGUUUCGAUUCUCGUCAACAACGCGGGAGUGGUAGCGGGCAAACCACUGGUCGACUUGCCAGAUGAACUCAUUGAGCAGACCUUCAACGUCAAUCUGCUUGCACACUUCUGGACUGUCAAGUGUUUCCUGCCGUCGAUGCUGCAUCACAACCACGGCCACAUCGUCAACAUGGCCAGCUCGGUCGGCCUCAUCGGCACCAACAAGCUCACCGACUACUGCGCAUCCAAGUUCGGCGUGGUCGGCUUCACCGAGGUACUCAACUACGAAAUCAUCUUCUCCGGUAAAGACGGAGUCCACACGACCCUCGUCUGUCCAUCCUUCACAAACACCGGCAUGUUCGAGGGAUGUGAAAUGAAGUAUCCUUCGUUAUUACCUCCCUUGGAAACAGAAGACGUUGUUCAGAGAAUUAUGCAUGCGAUUUUAACCAAUCAGUAUCAAAUUUGCAUUCCAAAACUCAUCUACUUCUGUGCCAUUCUCAAAACAUUGCUUCCUGUUGAUGGCAUGGUAGAAGUGAUCCGACUGGUCGGUGCUGAAAAUUUCAUGAACAAAUUUGUUGGUCGAAACAAAGUGCACAAAGCAUGAUGGGAAGAAAAUUAUUUGAGAGAUAAUGAAGUGAUCUGACCUCGUGUUUAUAAAACUUUUAGAGUCUAGACUCGAGAUUCUAAUAGAGUCUGAGACACUGAUGUCAUGACAACGCCAUACAAAUUGUAUGUGUGUGUGACGUCAUUAGAGAGUGAGUCGGGACUUUAAAAACGUUUUAUAAGCACAGGCCCUGGCAUACACAGCUCAUCCAAAGUUAUGUCCCUUUGUACAGUAUAUUUUUCUUAUAGACAUUAAUAGGUGCUACAGGCCUCGGUGUCGUUGUAGGACAUAAGGCUGGUAGGUACAGGGUUCACAGCCCGGUACCGGCUCACACCCAGAGCGAGUUUUAACAACUCAGUGGAUAGAUGUAAGGCCACUACACCCUCUUCUCUCUUACUAACCAUUAACAACUAACCCACUGUCCUGGACAGACAGCCCAGAUAGCUAUGGUGUGUGCCCAGGACAGCAUGCUUGAACCGUAAUUGGAUAUAAGCACGGAAAUAAGUUGAAAUGAAAUGAAAUACGUGCUGGUUGAACAGUGUGUUGCCCCUCUUACUGUGGGAACAAUCCCCGAUUUUAAUUAAGAGGCUGUGCCCACAGUAAGUGUGUUUGAACCCAUGAGAUACAAGCAGGUUAAUACCUACCAAAUAAAGUGUGCUGGGAUGUCAUCAAAAACAUCACAGUGUGUAGGUUCAAUCUGGGUUUUUUAUGGUUUAAUAUGGCUUUAACUUAAUACUGCUAGUAUCUUUAUUGUGAAUAAUGAAUUGGUACAUUAAAUGAAUUUUAGUAAAUGUAUUUUUGAAUACAUUGUA